CACACACUGGCUUUCCCAGUCAUCUCCAGCCUCCCAGUCUGGAAGGAUAAGAAAGUGUUUUGCUUAAAGUCUGUUGAAGUCAUCAGUAGAAAUGCUUCAUCGAGUGUUCCUUCUCCUCUGUCUGGUCCCGAGUUGUUUGCCGUUGGACCACGCCGUCCAUAAUGACCACAGGACGGGAAGAGUCUUGGGAGGGCAGGAAGCUUCAAGGAACAGCUGGAAAUGGCAGGUUUCUCUCCAGAUGGCCUAUCCAGAUGAUCCAGACUAUUAUUACCAUUUGUGCGGUGGGACACUAAUCAGCAGAGACUGGGUUAUGACAGCCGCCCACUGUGUCGAUUUCACUGGAAUCACCUACCGGGCUGCCUUUGGGGAGCACAACCUCUAUGAGAUGGAUGGCACAGAAUAUUUCAUCGCCGUGGAUAAGAUUGUCGUGCAUGAGAACUGGGACCCCUCCAAUAUCGCCAAUGGCUUUGAUAUUGCCUUACUACAUCUGAGUGAGACAGCCUUUUAUAACGGAUAUGUUGCAAUUGCAAGGCUACCCAAUCCGGAAGAUAUUCUGCCCCAUAACACUGCCUGCUAUGUCACGGGUUGGGGGGUCACAGAAGUUGGAGGCAGCAUCUCAGACAAUCUCCAAGAAGCCAUUCUACCAGUGAUCGACCAUGUCGUCUGCUCUCAACCCGAAUGGUGGGGUGAAAAUGCCCAGAAGAAUAUGAUCUGUGCAGGAGGUGAUGGGGUCAUAUCUGGAUGUAGCGGAGACUCCGGGGGGCCAUUAAACUGCUGGAGAGGUGCAGAGUGGGAAGUGCAUGGCAUCACAAGCUAUGGGUUGGUGCCGUUCUGUAAUACCUUUGAGAAGCCCACAGUCUUCACACGAGUUUCUGCCUUCAUCAACUGGAUUUACGGGACCAUGGAGGCCCAUAGAGACACAUAGAGAAGACAUGUCAAUCAUUCUCCAGCCAUUCUUUGACUGCAAGCUCUCCGAUUCCAACAGCAUGUUGCUCCUGUUGGUACCUUUUAGUAAAUACUUGGAUCAUAUGACAGAAAUAUGCAUAAAGGCAAAGGAAUGUCAAUAUAAAUAUAUCCAUUACAUUUACAGCUUU